GUAAAAACUGAAGAAAAACGAGAGGAAUUAAUAAAGAUAAAAGAGAAUGGCAGAAGAUAGGCCUUUUAUUGGGAUAUAUAGGUCAUUAUACCCAUAUCAACCUCAACAGGAUCCAGAAUAUGUAGUAGCAGAGAAUAAAGAGCUAGAACUAGAGGAGAAUGAGCUACUUUAUAUACUUGAAAAGGGGGAGGAUCUUUGGUGGAGGGUUAAGAAGAAGGCGAUGAGUGAACAGGAGGACGGAGACGUUGGAUUAGUUCCAGGAAAUUACCUUGAAGAGUGUCAACCAAUAUAUCAGGUUAGAACAUUAUAUGAUUAUGAACAGCAAUCAUAUGAGGAGAUAUCAUUUAAUGAAGGAGAAAUUCUUGAUGUUUUUGAUGAGGAAGGGGAGAAUUGGGUUUUUGCUAGAUGUGGAAUAUCAUAUGGAUUUGCACCAAGUAAUUAUUUAGAAAAAAUUAUAAAUACAAGAAUAUCAGAAGAUAAAUCGAAUGUUAUUCAAGAAGAUAGAGGGGAGAAGUUUUCGCCAACGAGUUCACAUAUAUCAGUAGAAUCUAUGAAGAAAACGGAAGUAUCAAAAGAAAUAUAUCCAUCAUUACAAAAUAUACAAGUUACGAAUAAAUUGAAGAAAAAGGUUGCUACGUCAUCGGAAAAGCCUAUUAAAAACAAGGAAUUAAGUAAUUCUGAAACUUUAGAUGCGUAUGUUAUUUCUAAUGAACCUUAUUCUUUCAAUACACAAGAUAAUUUCAAUGGAAAUUUUAAAACAUGGACUGUUCAUGAAAUUGAUAAAAAAAAGAGAAGAAAGGGAAUUUUGGGUGUUGGAGAUAAUAAGAUUACAUUUUCUAGUGAAUCUGGUAAAAAAUCACCUCAAAUAUUUCCUAUUUCAUCUAUUAUUCAAUAUUCAGUUGAAAAAAAACAUGUGUUUAUUGAUGUAUCUUCAUCUAAAUCAACAAUAUCUUAUGAUUUUCAUGCAGGAUCAUCUGAAACGGCAGCAGAAAUUUAUUCUGCUAUUGAAAACCUUGCUAGUAUUUGUCGUUCUACUUUAAAAGAAAUCACAUCAGUAGUUGGUACAGUAGCUCCAACAAUGCAUAUGGAUUCUGGAACUAUCAAGGAAAUAGAAAAAACUUCUUACAAGGGGGAUAAAUCUGCUAAUAAUAAUGAUAAUAAUGAUAACAAUAUUACUAAUAGAUUUAAUUCUGAAGAAUUGGAAGAAAAAAAAGGCUUAAUUUUGUAUGAUUUCGAUGCAGUUGAAGAUGAUGAGAUAUCUGUAAAAGAAAAUAUGGAAGUUUUUAUUUUAGACGAUACUUCCAAUAAUGAUUGGUGGAAAGUGAGGAAAGGAGAUCAAGAGGGACUAGUUCCAGCUUCAUAUAUUAGAUAUUUUCCUCAGAAUCUAAAAAUUUUGAGGAAUCAAAAGAGCGUAAAAGAUUCGAAAGAAUUAAAGGAUCCAAAAAAAACAGAAUAUUAUCAAAAUGAAUUACAAAAAUCAGAAAAAAAGGUUCAUGUAGAAAAGAAAACAAAUAAGCCUCAAUCUGAUAAAAUUAGAACAUGGACUGAUAGAACAGGUUCAUUUAAAGUAGAUGCACGAUUUUUAGGCAUCAUUGACAACAAAAUUCAUUUACAUAAGCUUAAUGGGGUAAAAAUAUCAGUCCCCAUGUCAAAAAUGUCAUUAGAAGAUAUACAUUAUGUUGAAAGUAUUACGGAACCCUUUAAAAAUAAACGAAAUACAACUACAAAUUCAGAAGUUAGUGACAAUAAGCAAAGUAAAACCAAGAACAAAACUUCACUGAACAAACAUAAUUCUUCUACCUCAGCUUCCAAGAAUGAUUAUGAUUGGUUCGAUUUUUUUUUAUCAUCUGGCGUCAAACAUGAAUUAUGUCAAACUUAUGCUACAAAUUUUGAAAAUGAAAAUUUAGUUAAAUUAAAUCUAUUAGAUCUUACACGGGAAGAUAUGCAAAAGCUUGGCAUAAGAGAUGAUGAUAUUAUUAGAAUUACUAAAUAUAUAAGGGAAAAGUUCAAAAACAAAUUAGAUGUUCAAGAUCCUAAACCUGAAAUAAACAAACCAGAAAGCCAAAUUAAUUCUGAAACAGAAAAUUUAAAUAUAUCAAAAGAAGAUAAGUUAGAUUCAUUGUUAUCGUUUUCAAAUGAAAAAUCAAAAUCACUUCAAGUCAAUGAUAAAACUGAUACACAUUCUUUUUCAAAAAGUAUAAAUAAAGAAUCACUUUCAGAGACUAAAAAAACAUCAACAUCUGGAUUUGAAGACGAUGCCUGGUCCAUUAGAUCAUCUAACAUCAAAAAAACUGAGCCAUCUAUUCUUCCAAAUUCAGAAACGACUAAUCCUCAAUUAGCGUAUGCAAUUAAAAACUUAUCAUUAUUAACUCCUCCUAUGAAACCUACUCAUACAUCUCCAAUUUCUACUCAGUUUUCCAAGCAACAAAUUCAACAAAAUUCCCUACCACAAGCACAACCUAUUUCUCAAACAACAAUACAAACUCAAUAUACUGCGGUUGAUCCAUUCCCUGCAACAUUUACUGACAUAAAUUCUAAUACAUCACAUUUACAGCCAUAUCAAAAUUAUAGGACUACAAAUAUUCCUGCUGCUUCACGAUACUUUUCAAUGCCUGCUAUACAACCUACUAUUCCUCAAUUUCAAUAUCAACAGACACUUCAACCUCAAAUCGGCUUUGAUCAGAAAACUAAACAACAAAUUCCACAUAAUUCACCUUAUAUAAAUCCUCAGCUUUCAACAAAUCAAACUCAAAUUUAUAAUAUGCUUCCUUUUACACAACAAAAUACAACUUCUUUACCAUCACAUAUUCAGAAUAACGGGUAUAACAAUCCUAUGCCUCAACAUACAACAAUUCAACAACCUUUUCAAAAUUCAAAUAUUUUUCGUCAUUCUGUUACUUCUCAAUACUCUAAUUAUAAUCAACCAACUCUUUUCCUUCAAAAUACCUAUCAACCUUCAAUUCAACAACAGGAUCCAUCAAACAAUUUUGCUUCUUCUAACACUUUAAAAUAUAUUCCAAAUAAUUCUGCUUUUUCUACAACUUCACAACCACCAAAUACUUCUUUUAAACAAACACCUACUUUUAAACCUGUUCAAUUUGGGACAUCAAAAUCAUCACGGCCUGAAUCAAUUGAAAAACGUGCAAACAUAGAUGCUGCAACACCACAAAAUCCUUUUGGUUUCUAGUCUAAUAUACAAUACAUAAAAAUCACUACUAAAACAAAGCAAAAUCAUAGCUAAAAUACAUGUCUUAUUCUUUCAUUUCAGCUUAUUUAUUUUUAUUAUCAUCUCAUAUAUUUUUCUUAUUUUUUUAUCAGCUGCCGAGAAGCUUCAAAAUCUUAAGUCAAAAAAAUUACAAAACUUCAAAAAAAUAUUAAGAAAAUGGCUAAGGAAGAGAGAAGCG